CCUGCCCUAAUCUACUUAAGGAAGAGACCGGAAUGUCAUCUCUCAUGUCAGCAGGGAGUGAGGAACGGGCUGCGUCUGAAACCAUGCUCGGUAACCGAGUUAACGAUUCGUGCAGUAAUGAAAAAUGAACACGUGCGUCGUUCUGGGAACAUAAUACUUUUCAAAAAAAUCUAGACUUAUGUGUCGACUUCAGUUGCAUUGUUAUUAGAGCAAAGAAAAAAAGAUUUUGCUUUGGUGAACUUUUGUAUUGGAUACUAACGAUAGUAGUGUAUAUUUGUGUACUGCCCCUUUUCAAUCUCAAAUCAAUCGGCGUUUUGGAACAGUGGUAUGGCUAAUGUAGCCCACAUGGAUCUAGGGUUUUUGCUUUUUGUUGGACUAACAACUGCUUUUGCAAAAGGUUCCGCGGCUCUUAACAAGGAGGCGAUCCGGGAAAACGGACUUGAGGCGCUGCAAUUGGAUACCCUGUCAACUCGCCCUACUGUGGAACUAAGCAUCCCCUCCAGGGCCAUUAAGAGCGCGGAUGCUGUUUGUCCGGACUGCGAAGCGUCAAAGCCGCGGAGGAGGCAGAGGCGCUGUACGUGUUACACUUACAAAGACAAGGAGUGCGUGUAUUACUGUCACCUGGACAUCAUCUGGAUCAACACGCCAGAGCGCACAGUGCCCUACGGCAUGUCCAGCUACCGCAGCCCGCAACGCAUGCGCCGCUCCCCUGGAGGACCGCCGACAGACCCGAGAGCCGCGUGGUUUCCACGCUGUGCGUGCACCUCCCAGAGUGACCCGGAGUGCGGUCGAUUCUGCACGGCACGGUAACGCACAUGGCAACGUAACUUUCAUUGAGGAUCUCCAUGACGACAUGGACAAGAGCACCAAGAAAAUACUGUCGAUCAUACUUCCCUCGUCUUCUCUGGAAUCUUCCUCACUCAGUGUUCUGACUGACUAGUCCAUGGGUUGAUAUUUUUAAAGGAUUCACACUUGAAACUCCCCCCAUGCUCCUUUGACUGGCUGAAACGAGCCUCACAGAGGAUCAGAUUAACCUUAAACCAUGAUUGACCCUAAGUGGCAGACCAGUACAGAUGCGGUAUUGUGAGCUCAUUGUGGGGAGGUCAGUUUCUUCAUGCUGCUUGCUACCAAUGGAGGGCGGAAAAGUCUGGAAUGUGUGAGCAUCUAAGCCAUGCAGAACAGAUGUGACUGCACAUUAAUGUGGAGAUCAGCUGAAAAAAAUCAGUUUUACUCAGUCGAUACUAUAAGCCUCUUUCGUUAGAGUGGCUUCUAUCAUACAUAACAGCAGGAUAAAGUAAUUGCAGGCAAUGGGAGGACAGCAAAACUGUUAAUUUUUUAUUUACUCUGCAGCAUCAUUAAAAACUCUAAACAUCAUUCUAUUCUGUGUGCCCACAGUAUCUAUAUUCACAAUUUUAUACUUGUAUAUAAGUGUUCAUGACAUGGGCUAUAUUAAAACAUGAUGUCAGACUUACAGUAUAUAGGUUAUAUACAUCUAACUCUGAAGGGAAUUUCUUGUUUACAUUGAAGAAAGCAAACAAUAGAUGUCAUGCUUGGGUUGUUUUAACGUGAGAUGGAGUACGGGAGGCAGGCACCAUAAAAUACUUCGUAUGGUUCUGAACAUGCUUUGAAAAACAUUUUUUGGCUGCAGCCAUUAACUCCCAACUUUGAAAUUCUGACGUGACCCCAGAAUUAUAUUUAACGUAAAAAAUACAGGUAAAGUAAUUUACCUCUGUAAAAAUUAUGUGCAUGCUAAUUUUUUAACUUGCUUUGUGAAGUAAUAUUUAUUGUUUUAUUACGAGAAAUACAUAAAUAUAUAAUAUUGUACAUUUGGUAGUUUUUUUUUUUUUACUGUGCCAAUAAAUAUUUCGAUAUUUCUUUUCUAACACUGUUUUAGAAGAAUACACUUAAAUAUUCUUCCAUUAUUCUACACUUAUGCACCCAGCGAACAUUAAUGACUAUAGCUAAUAUUACAGUUUAGAUCAAGACCUUGCAAAAUACAAACUAAGAUGUUAAAAAUGAUACAGUAACAAUACAAUAGAAAUACAGUAUUUCUAGUGCUAACAAAAGUACUAGUUUUCAAAGUAGAGAACAAUGUAAUAUUUAUGAACAUGAUACAAGGUAAUUACGUCACUUUGGUGGUUACUUUUGGACAACUGAUCCUGUUCUUCAGGAUGGCACUGCAACGCAAAGAAAAUGUUAAUGCUGAUAUCAUUGUUAUCAUCAUGGGUACUUCUCUCAGAAUUAUUAGGGCACCCAAAAGUCUGUUCAGGACAUGCCAUUAAACAUGGAUGGAUGGGUGGAUGGAUGGACGGACGGACGACGGGUGGAUGGAUAGAUGGAUGGAUUCCUUUUCAGAAAAUCCACAGACUUCCUGAUUGACAUAUGGAAAACUGUAAAUGGAUAUUUCUCUAUUUUCUCAAACACACUGGGACAUGUGGUGUUCACCUUUCAGUUGUCAGCCAUACUAAAGGUCCACACGGGGUAGUGGCAAAGACGAGGCUCUGACUUCCCGCCUGUUAUUGCGUAGCCCUGACAGCCUGCGGAUCUUAAGGAAGUUACAGCAUCACCCUAGUGCUCAUUUCUGGUCAAACAUCGACCUACAAUGUAGUAUAGUUCUUUCAGCUGUGCGUGACAACACAUUUUACCCAUUACCUCACAGUAUUAUUGUGUUCUGAUAUAUGUUUCAGCUCUAUAACAAUGUCUAUACGCAUCCUUUUAAUCACUUGUAACGACUUGUGUUUUCGUAUUGAUUUCAGUUACCUUGUUGCAUUAUAGCUACUGAAUGUCAGGUGUAGCACAGCUUGGUUUAUGUGUCAUUCAGGUGUACAGGCAUGUCAUCAGUCUCCCUAUUUCCAUGCAAGGUUGUCUGAAUAUCAGCUCCAUUUACUUCCUGAAAACAGAAAUGGACUUUUUUGGUGUUUUUCAGAUUGUAAUUUAAAGGAAAAUGGUUAUUCGUUUUUUUUCUACUUGGGCACAGUAUUUUAUAAAGAAAUGUGAAUGUAAAAAUGAUUUAUUAUUCUUUUAUAUCAAAACAUAUUGAAAUGAAUAAAACACAAUCAGUAAUUAUACCUGUCAAACACCUGUCAAGAUUUAUUGCCCUAGUGGAUAUAAUGUGCACAUACACACACAUACAUACCAAAACUAUGUGCUUCUAAUGUAGCAGUGCAGUCAAGUUGGAAGGCAUCAAAAAAAUAAGCAAUUUCAUUCUUCACUUAGAAGCAUAAUCCUUUGCUAUGAUUAUACUUAAAACUGGACUUUUUAAAAACUGGUGUUGUUUCCAUGUCUUUCUGCAAGAGACUUGCCAAAAGUAAAUUGCAUUUCCCUAAAAACAGCACCUUUAUGUUGUUUAUUUUCUCCAUUUUAAGGCAGUAGGCCCUGGUCCAGUCCAGGGUAUCUCAGUAUGCUAACCAGGAUUGAUUCACAUGAAUGAAAUCCACAUUGUUCAAGUAGCACUUCAAAAUCUCACGAUCUCAUGUAAAAGCACAACAAAAUGCAAAUAAUUCCUGGUAGUCUGUGUUUCACUCUGUACUUAUUUUUCAAAUCACUGAGAGUUAAGAGAAUUGGAGUUCAAAUGUUGCAUUAUUAUAAUAUAUGCAUUCUGCUGCACUUCUGCUUAACUGUGACUGUUUAGGGCUGUGGAAAAUGUGACAGGCAAAAAUAUAUUGUACUUGUUAAUGUAAAAAGUGAAAUGUAACGUUAUUAAGUAUCUGAAUUAAUAGAUUCUUUCGGGAACUAUGGAAGCUGCUCUGGUAAAGGGUCUUCAGUGUAAAUGUUUCAAUGGGAAUGAAUGUGUUGAGCAGAUUCCUGCCCAAGGUCUUUGUUUUUCAUUUGUUUUUUUCAGAUUUUCACAGAAGUACAUUUAAAAACAAAUAAUAUAUAAAGUUAAUGAGCCUGUCAGUCUGGUCCAGUGACAUAUUAAGCCAACUGAUUGUAAAAGUGCCUAAAAUAACUUAAAUAAUAUAAAUAUUAAUUGCCCUUCACCCAACUGUUUCAUGUCAUACAUAAUGUUCAAACUUUUCAUGUGUCCAGUUAUAUUGUAUAAAUGUAUAUAUACGAAUAAACUACGAAACAACCAUUCA